CUCCGCGAGACGCCGUCGUCUCCUCCUCCUCCGACGACGAACCCGAAGCUCCAAACCCUAGGCGAGAGCGAGAGCGAGAGAGAGCGGCCAUGGACGCGGACGCGGUGGCGAAGGCGUUCGUGGAGCACUACUACCGGACGUUCGACACCAACCGCCCGGCGCUGGUGUCUCUCUACCAGGACGGCUCCAUGCUCACCUUCGAGGGGCAGCAGUUCCUCGGCCCCGCCGCCAUCGCCGGCAAGCUCAGCUCCCUCCCCUUCGCGCAGUGCCAUCACGACAUCAACACCGUCGACUGCCAGCCGUCGGGCCCGUCCGGCGGCAUGCUCGUCUUCGUCUCCGGAUCCCUCCGCACCGGCCCCGAGGACCACCCCCUCAAGUUCUCGCAGAUGUUCCAGUUGCUUCAAGGUGGAGGGAACUUCUAUGUCCAGAACGACAUGUUCCGUCUGAACUAUGGUUAAGGAAAACCAGGAAGUCAUCCAGCAACAAACUUUGUUCAAGUGUUUUAUGUUAAUUUGUGAGAUGCUGUUGCUCUUUUGAUUUUUUUUAUGGACUGGUGCAAAUUAUUGCAAGAAAUGGUGGUGUUAAAGACUUUAUGCAUCUUGCUGGAUUUGUUCUUCUAUGUUUCUCCCAUGAACUGUGGUUUCUUGGAGGUACCAUUUAUGUGGAAUGUGUAGACAGUCUAAAAGAUUUUAUCAUGUCUGCA